AUGUUCAAGUCCAGCACCAUCGCAGCCAUCUUGGCUUUCUGCGCCAUUGCCUCAGCUGCACCGGCUAACAGGCGCAAUGAGCCGGACUGGGUCAAGACAGACUCUGGUUUACACACGAUCCUAGGUGUUCACGGAACUGAGACUAGCGAGACACCCCACGAAACUUCUUCUGGCGUGCAUUACCACGCCUCGGUGAGCUAUUGCCAGUCUAGUUCUGUAACGGAGGCAGCUGUUGCAUCUGCUACGAGCGAUGCCACAGCGUCCACCAGCUCCACAACCAGCACCGCAAGUCCCGCCACGCCAACCGGCCUAAGCAAAGUCCAGCAGAUCCUGCUUUCGGACACUCACACCGAUGCCAUCAACAACGUCCUUAAAGACGAUUCCGACUUCGUGUUCGACUUCAACAAAGCGCGGGUAUUCGGCCCAGGCAAGGGCGGCGAGAUCGUCCUAGCCACGCGCAAGACCUUCCCAGCUCUAACCAGCACCGGGAUCGGCAUGGCCGUCGGCUUCCUCGGCCCCUGCGGUUUCAACACCCCCCACGUGCACAACCGCGCCACGGAGCUCCUCAUCGUGACGAAGGGCAAGAUCAUGUCGGAGAUGAUCGUCGAGAACGGCGUUAACAACGCGGACAAGAAACCUCGCGACAUCAUGAACACCAUCGAAGAACUACAAGCUACCCCCUACUACAUGGGCGCCCUCCACACGCAGCUCAACCCCACCUGCGACAACGUAACCUUCAUCGCGCCCCUGUCGAGCGACGACCCCGGCGUCAACACCAUCGCCCAGGCUUACUUCGCCCUGGAGGACGACACGAUCCGCGCCGCGGCCGGUAACAGCAUCGACGGCGCCGACGUUGAUAAGUUCCGCGGGCUUAUCAGCGCUAAUGUUGCUCUUGGUGUUGAGCAGUGUCUGAAGACUUGUAAUAUUGCUAAGCGCUGA